AUGUGCGGCUUAAUUGAAACGUAUACGUGGCUGUUGUUAAUUGUGCUUCUCUUAAGUCUAAAGUGAAAUUCACCAAUUAUUCAUUUUCGUGAUGGAGUUAAGAAUUUUUUUUGUUUUUAUUUUUAGCAAAUUACAAACACAACCUAAUGAUUGAGCUAGCUUGAGUUUAUAUUUGCUAGCAGCAAAACUAGCUCAUAGACAGAAAUAGUACAAAUUUGGAUAUAUCGUGUCCAUGGAAUUGGCUGUAACAGGAUAAAUUCUACUGUCAUCAAGUUUCAUAAGUAAAUGUUUAUCAAGGGAUCGGAGUUAGUUGGAUCAAUACAAUGCUUUAAAAGCUGUGCUGUCUUGGAAAACUAAGAUAAUGCAAGACCAGAACGAUGCAAAACAAUAAGUUUUACUAAGCCUCAUUCAUUGUGUCUAAUCCCAAUAAUAUUAUUUUGAUUAUUCCAAAUCACUUUGAGGGGUUUUUCUCAGUAGCUAUUUAGCUGUCAAAGCAAGGUACAUGCAAUUCAACAGUGGAAAUCUGUUGCAUAAGAUGUGAUUGUAAACUUGAUGGGAGGAAUUCUUUUCAAAAGUGGUGCAUGAAGUUAAUGGAAUUGGAAAGGAACCAGGAGAUAUGUUGUCUUCCCUGUAGAUGCAAUUUUAUGGUUUAUUGCAUGGUAUCAAUCCCACCUUUCCUCACCAAUCAAACAAAACAGUACUGUAGUUAUUGUUUGAAUACAAUACACAAAACAAAGGCAUUGCUGUCAAUAUUGGAUGCAGAACCAAGAAGAGUCAGGGAAAGCUUAACUAAUUCUUGCCAAGUAAUAUCUUUUUUUUCCACAUUGCUAUUAAUGAUGAACAUUUUAUCCAAAUGAUAUUGUUUUUGGAAAUGUCUGGAGAGAAGCACAUGUCAGCAUCAAAUUUUCAAUAUGAAGAUAACACACUGUUUGAGGGGUUCUACAGUAAUUUGUCGAUAUUUUGUAAUCAUGAGAGUGUUUUUGAAAGAGAAAUGUAGAACAACCCUAACCAAAUGUUAAAUGUGAUUUAAUAUGAAAGUUCUUGUUUGUCUGUUUUUGUUAUUAUUGUGGUAAAAUCUCUAUGAAGAACUGUGAAUGGGAUUGAAGUUAAUUGGCACAGCUUUGAAAAAAGCCAUUAAUAACUCGAUUCUCAGUGACUGCUUGUAGAAUUUGAAGUGUCUUUCUUAUUUACUUGUACCAUCAUGGUUGUAAUGGCUUUGUCUCUUGCCUGGUGAGGUGAUGAAAAUAGCCAUAGCUAUGUGCCCCUGUAUAGAAACAAAACAAGCCCGUUUGGGUUUUGGUUAUUGGCUGGGAUUUUUCAACAAAAUAUUUACUGUGGCUGUCUCAAAAUAUCCAAUAUCAACUAAGUGAAGUAUUUGAAUUUACACCUGUAAAAUGUUGGGAUAAACUGACAAAUGAAUGGCUGGUAAACCUGUACAGACUGAAUUUUUAUUUUAUAUCUUAUUUCAAAAGCUGUGACUGCAUAUUUUUUCCUCCAAGCACUUAGGUUCCAUUAUUGACGUAAAUUGAAACCUCUUUGCAUUGCAUAUUAGGCUUUAACCUUUCUAUUUCCAGAACAUUCUUUAAAAAAUAUUGUGAAGUUGUGCUCAGACUCAGAAACAAUUGGUUGUACAAGUAUCUGUUAUUCGAAGAUAAAAGUUUAUCACUGGUCCUUUGAUUUAAAUUCUUUUAUUUGGAAAAAGUUAAAAUCAGUAGCAGCUUUGCCAAGUAACCAAAAAGUCUAGACAUAUAUGCUCAUGAAAGAGAGUUGUUUGCAAAUUUUACACAGCAGUUGAAUACGGGCUGUGAAAGAAGAACAGUGUGGUGCAAAGUUGUGAAGAGCCUCACAUAGUAAUCAAGCAAAAAUCAUUUUCAUUCUACCCACAGGGCACACACAGUUAUUGUGCUACCUAUUUCACUCCAAAGAAAAAAUUUUGAACAAUUUAGUGGUGAAUGAUAGUUUUUAUUUGUACGGUUUUUUUUAUUGAAAUAUUGCUCUGCACUGUAUGACAUUAGGGUGCUGCUUGGGUCUUUGGUUUACAAAUGAUUUUGUUCAGAGAUCCUUAUCAAGAGCAUUCCAGGCUGUGACCAUUUUGGUUGCUGUGGCAAGUUGUAAAAAUUUUAGUGGCAAAAGUUUCACACAUGGUUAUCAGACCAGUGACUUGUAUCUAGUGGUUGUGCAGAAAGCUGUAACAUUUUUUGUCACUUAUUGUUUAAGGUCCUAAGUUAAAGGGUUCUUUUUGCAAGCAUUAUGUUAGUUAAAGAACAAAUGAAGAAAGUGUUACUCACCAGCUUAGGUUCGUUCAUAUUGGGGAAAACCAUCACCUCUGUCUUGAGUAUUGCCUUCAGCAUUGGGCAGUAUCUAAGACAUAGGGCACAAAUUUUCACUAUAUAGACCUCCUGGCUGGUGAAUAACAGACAUUAAUUAAUACUCUGACACUGCAUUUUUUUCAUCUGUAUUUUGUUUCAUUUUUUUCCCUCAAAAGAGAAAUUGACUUUGAGCAAACAUUUUAAGUUUUUUUGGGUGGCUAGAUGAUGGCAUCUAAAAGUGUUGAACUUUGAGCUCUAAUGUGAAUGUGAAAAUUCACAUUUAUCUUCAAUUUAUUUUUUUAUUUUAACUUCUAUCAUAAUGAAGUUUUAAGUUAAGACUCUGACUUAGAAAACUGUUUUCUUUUGGCAGAAAAAGCAAGAAAUCAAGAAAGAGAACAGAUAAACAAGGAGGGGACAGUGAGAAACCUUUGAAACGCGAGUCAGUUGUAGAUGCCCCUGGGCCAGCACGGAAAAAGAGAUCAAGGAUAGUUAAUCCAAUAGAAAGUGAUGAAAACUACAUAUCACGUGUUGAUGUAAAAAUAACUAUUCCAGAUGAUCUCAAACAAUGGCUCAUAGAUGACUGGGAUCUUGUUACUCGGCAAAAACAGCUUGUCCCUAUUCCAAGGAAAAAGAAUAUUAAAGAAAUUUUGGAUGAAUACAUAAAAUCACGAACUGCUAAUCCCGAUGAAGGGUUCAAGCCAGGAGUUGUUCAAGAGGUUGCAGAUGGUAUUCAGGAGUAUUUUAAUGUUAUGCUUGGAACACAGUUGCUCUAUAAGUUUGAAAGGACUCAGUAUGGCGAUAUUCUUGCUGAACACACAAAUCUUCCCAUGUCUCAUUUAUAUGGUGCAGAACACUUGCUUAGACUUUUCGUGAAGUUAGGGAAUGCCUUGUCUUUUUCCAACUUGGAUGAAAAAAGUGUUCAAUUUGUGGUUACGCACAUUCAAGACUUCCUAGACUAUCUGUCAAAGAAAGCAGAUAGUUUGUUUACCACAGACUAUGAGACUGCCACACCAGAGUACCAUCGCAGGGCAGCAACGUGA